GCUGCCUAUAUGACUGUAGGGCUGACAUGAGAUGGAUGUGUGUGUUUUGUGUGCAUGUGUGUGCACAUGUGUCAUUGUUUCAGUUGCUUGAAGUGUGACAAACCCUUUCUGGGAAGGUUUCAUUGGUGGGUACCAAGGGGUAUCCAGCUGUUAGGCAGUGUAUAAGUCAGGUGGCUUCUUCAGAGGGUUGGACUCACCGAUACACAUGUUAAUGGGCUGAGGAGGUGUGUGUGUCUCUCUCUGUGUGCCUUCCCUGUACAUAUAUAAGGGCCACGCUGACAGAGAAACAGUGCAACGUUCGGACAUCAGAAGAAAUCUUGGGAUUCGGAGCACACUGGCAGCUUCCAACGUGACAUCAUGAGGAUGCUAUUGUGGGGGAUCUUGUCAUUCUGCUUGCUGGCCUAUGCCCACGAUGAUUGCCGGAAGGACUGCCUGAACUGCCACAGACAUCUGUACAGCCACCAAGAUGACUUCAGUCUUCUGAUCUGUGUAAUGGAGUGUGAAGGGAAACUGUUUUCCAGUGCUACCUGGGGACUUUGCAAUAAAGUCAUCAGCGAAAAAAGUUCUUUGUCCCUAGACCAUAGUAGCCUGGAAGAAAUGAAAUGGCCACUGGAGAUGUGGGAUGGCAGCCUGAAAGGAGGCAGAAGUAACCUGAAACAUCAUGGUGACCUGACCAGAAUGGUGGAUCUUAGCGAUGGAGAAGAUAAGCAAGUGUCCAAAUUGAGUGGUCUCAUCCGUCAGCCAAAGGCAGAAGAUGACACUAGUGAUGGAAGCCAAACUCCACUUGGGGAUUUACAGGAUCAGCUCAAGAUUCCCAAGAGGGUGGGCGAUUUCCUGAGGGGCCCAUUCAACUAUGGGCAGAUGGAAGAACCUGAGGUGCAAGCGCUCCAAAAACGAUUUGGAGGCUUCAUUGGUGUUCGGAAAUCAGCCCGGAAGUGGCACAACCAGAAAAGGUUCAGUGAAUUCCUGAAGCAGUAUCUGGGAAUGUCCCCACGUUCCGUUGAGUACGAUGGCUUGGCUGAUGACCUGAAGGAACCAAAUGAGAUUUAAACAAAUGAACUUUUCCUGGAUUGUUGUCGUUGUUGUCGUUGUCAUUUCCUUCUCAGAUUAUAAACAUGUUGUGAAUUGAUUUCAGAGCUGCCAUGGCCAAAGAAGCCAACCCCAUUCGUACUAUUCUGCUUUGUCAAUGAUCAGCCAACCAGUCUUAGCAUCGGAAGGGAAGUUCUAUUUUCUUUGAAAUAAAAUUCAGAAUCGCUUUGUGUAAUAAUAUUUCACAAUUUUUACAUUUGUAUGAAUAAAAUUUAAAAAUCUACAUUUAGUAUGGUUAACAUGCUAGAGAGCAGGUAAUGGUAACUCUUUCCUUACUAUUAUAUUACCUUUGUGUUUAGGAAAAAUCAUUUUCAUCGGGGAAGUGGGCUUUCAAAAAUGCAGCCGACUUCAUUCUCACCAGCAGUUUCCAUGGAUCCAAUUCAGAAUCCUAUCAGCCUGUUCUUUAGAAAGAAGACCAAGUUUUGCUUCUGUGCAUUUGUCCCUGGGGUGUUUUUCACCACAUAGGAAGACUGGAUAUGAAACCAGAUUCUAAUUCCUGGUUUAUGACUUACAGGUUUUUUUUAGAACUGAGAUUUAACUAGAAUUUUUUUUUUUAAAAAAAAAACAAUCCCUGAUAUGCUUCCCAUUGGGGUUGACAUCUUUGAUAUGGCAGUACUAUGGUAUUUGUGGUAGUUUCCCAUUUUCUUUCUCUCUCCAUGGCAUGUAUUUUGUCAAGCCUGCUGUCUCCAUGCUGUCAUUUUCAAAGAUGUGUUUUAUUAAUUGCCAGGACCAGGAGCAAGUGAAUUCCUCUUCACUGCUUUCUGCUUUUUAAAAUUUUCAGACAAGACGCAUGAUCGAUAAAGAAAUGAUGUAGCUGGCUUGGGUAUUUUUCCUCUGUUAAUUAUUGAAUGUUAAAUAUCUAAAAAGGGAAACAAAUUCUGUCCUUUUUGAUUUCAGGCACAAAGAUUUCUCCAUUAAACUUGUACAUAGCAAAAAGAAAAAGAAAAGAUUAAUAAAUUAGUUUUCUAUUUCUACUGUA